UUAUCAUUCCCUGUCGUCUGCAAGUUAUUAUUUAUCCAAGCAAAAAAUGGGUGCAGAACAAUCGGCUUUAUCGGCUUCCACACAAACUGGACAGCCCGAAGCUACCUUGGAACUGGUAAAUUCCAAAUUGUUUUUCAGUAAUUAUUUCGACAAAAUGCCCAAGCCCAAGACGGGUCCUGUGACCCAGGCUCUACUGCGUUUGGUGGAAAACAUGCCCAAAGGUGGCGAAACAUUUUUGCAAGAUGAAGCUGCACCACAAGCGAAUAUAAGUCCAGGAAAGAAUGGGGAGAAUGAUGGCAGCGAGAGCGACUUCGAUUUGGAUUCCAUCGCAGCCAUAGAUUUCUAUGAUGGUCGCCUUGAGUUGGAGCCGCUGCAGAUAGUCGAAUUCGAGUCCAUGGACGAUUAUGAUUUGGUCGUAGAGCCAGUUGAGCCUUGCCCACUGCAAGAUGUUCUGCCAAUUUUCGACUUUGAUGUGGAGGACUUUUAAAAUAAAAUAUGAAUU